CAAAAGUGUUGAGUUUGUUUAAUGUUGAGAUUAAUUUUUGAAUUGAUUUCUUUUUGUGGAAUCAGUUUAAUUUAAUUAUCUCUUGUGUUAUUUAGUGUUGUUUGUUUAGUUUGUUGUGUUGAUUUAACUGCUUCUCUGGGUGGUGAUAAUGUCCAAUUCAUGUGUUAAACAGGUUAAAAGUAAAUAUUGUUCAUCCAUUAGUGAAGGAUUGAAAAUAUCUUCUUGGCUUCAAGGGGAUCAAGCGAAAUGUUUAAUUACAGUUAGAAAAGCAAUUAAAAUAUUUCAAGAUCAUCUACAGUCUGAGACUUGUCAUUGUAUUGUUAAAGCUUCUAACCUGUUAAUCUUAUCGGUCAAUUAUUAUCAACUGUUUCUACUUUCAUUGGAAAAUCAUACCAAGUCAAUUGAAGAAGAGGAAAAAAAAUAUGAUCACGUUGAGAAUGAGGGAAAUCAAUCAACCGAUUCUCAAUCUCAUUCCGAAUCUGGUCAUGGCGAUGAAGCAAUUUCCGGAUCACAAUUUCCAAAUAUUGAAAAAUCUAAACCUUCCCGUUAUUCUAACCUUUUAUUACCACAAUUUGUUAACAUUAACACUCAACAAACUCUUCUUAAACCAUUGAACAAAUGUAUUCAAUGUCUUCGAGAAUCAUUUGCUGGAGCUUCAACUAUUCCUAUUAAAUUACUUGAAGGAUUAAAGAUUAACACACUUUUAUUAACAGCUCAUAAUAUUUACCAUUGUUACACACAGCCUGAUUACCGAUACCUUUGUUCACGAUUGAUGGUUGAAUUGGCUGGAAAAAUUUUACCCGAUGAAAAGGAAUCACUACUUACAGCUUAUCAUUUGCUGAUCCGUUUCUACCUUGAUUAUAAUAUCUUAUCAAAAGCGGAUAGAUUUUUAAAAAUGGCUCAAUCACUGAUGGUCACCAUGAAGAUAGAGGGUUACCAAAAUUACCAAGCGGCAUUAAUUUACCUGGAUCAAUGUGAAAUUGAAAUGCGAACAGGAGAAGAGGAUAAAAGUGGACUCAAGUUGAAAGAUUUCCUAAAAUCAGAUUAUCUCAAGAAAUUGACACUUAAUCGUUACCAUUUGAAAGGAUUAGCUUGUCUGGUUGCCUCCAAAUUCCCGUCAUCAUAUCAAUUCUCACAAGAAUAUAGUGAAUUUAUUGAACCUCUUCACAUCGCUUUGACCAUUUUAAAACGAUGGCAUCGUCAUCUACUUUAUCCAGAUGAAAAACGGCCCAUAACAGUUGAAGAAGAUCAUCUUUGGUUUAAAUAUGAAAUUUACUCAUUUAGCUUUGAGAUUUUAACCAUGAUUAAAACUUUCUACAUGAACAUUGGAUUCCCAAUGGAGCUAUCAUUUUUUUCCAACUGUCUUUUAGCCCUUACCCGUCGUAACUGUUUUCUCAAUUGGUCCACUCAGAUCAUGAAAAUCGGUGCGACAAUUGAUAUGAAAUGUGAUAAAACUAAAUGUGCUUCUUUCAAGCUUCAACUUGGGAUUCUUGCUCUCACCUUUAAAUCUAAUACAUUUACUAAAUUAGAUUCUGUUAAUAGUGAAAACGAUGAAGUGAAACCACCAGGAUUAACAGUAAAUACUCAUCGUAUUGAUUUAGAUUCUGAACUUCAAGAAGAUUGUGAUACAGAUUAUUCAAAGAUUACUGGAAAUUCUGGUCCUGAUCGAUGUGUCCAUGAUCUUGGUCAUGUUCCUGCUUGGGAGGUUGAGAAAAUUUUAAGAAAAGGAAACUUUGUUAAUGAAGAUGAAGAUUUUCCAAUUGAUGAAUUAACCAUCAUGAAAAUGCUCAAUUCAACAGGGAUGAAACUUCCCUUUCCUUAUAAUCUUCGUUACGUUGAACUGGUUACUUUAAUAUGUUGUGAUAAAAAACUAUUCAGCAAACAAUUGAUUGAUAAAAUAUUGGAAAUCUUUUCAGAAUUUACAGACUCCAAUCAUCCCAUGUAUGAAAAAGUAAUUAAGCACCUUCACAUUACCAAAGAAAAUUUUAAUUCUCAAGAAAUGAGCGAUGUUAUAUUAAUGGAAGCAACUUUUUUCGAUUUGUUGACUGACCAAUAUCUAGAAAAUGGUCAAUUCGAACCAGUUAUAGAAACAACAACCAUUUUCUUAUCGAAACUUAUAUCCUGCGCCAAUUUAACCAUUCGAGACUUAAUUGGUCGACUGUUGUUAAAACUCAUCAUUGCCAAGAAUCAAUUACUUAAUGUGAGACCAUUUUUUCCAGAAUUUGAUUCAAAAGAAGUUCAAGAGAAAAUGAUUCGCCCAAUUCUGGUCUGUAAAACACCGCCACCCGUUCGAGUUAAUAUGAAUCGGAUUAAUGCUCCAGAUAGAAAACCAAAUUAUCGAAUGGAUGAACUUCGUGAUUAUGCUAAAAGUUUACACGAAGCUCCCAAGAAACAAGCACCAAGAAAAUCUUCUAGAAUUUUAUCUCGAAAAAGUUCCGUGAUAAGUGAUAAAUUGAGUUCUACUGAUUCUGAUAUCGUUAUAUUGUCAGAGAACAUUGAACCCCCGCCAAUGGUAACACCAGCUCGGCGAACUCGAGCUCCUGCCAAGAAUAAAACUCCAUCAACAGCGAAAAGUAAACGAGUUGAACCUUUAACUUCAUCGAAAAAGUUAACUAAACGAGAACUCAAAGAAAAUGCCUUGGAUAGUUUGACCGAAGCCAUUGAUUGUAUUACACUUUCAGAUGAUAAAGAUAACGACGAAGAAGAAGAAGAAGAUGUUUUCAAUAAUCGACAGAAUAUAAACGAAAUAAUUAAUGGCCCAUCAAAUGUCACCAACAACAUCAAUGCUCUCAAAAGUUUACUCACCUUUUUCUCUAAUCAUCCACCAAUCGAUUUCUAUCUGGCUCUUCAUUAUCAACUAUUCCUACUCUAUUCUUCAACCAACAAACCCAAUCCACUCGCUUCCUCAUAUCAUUUCCACGAAUGUUCAAAUUCUGCUAUGGUUCGAUAUCGAGCGAUUUUCACAACGGAAAAUAAAAAACGUCUCAAACUACCAAGCGAGCUCUCUAUUGGAAAUUUGAUUUUUAAUCCAGUAAAUGACAUUAAUUAUCAAAAUCUUUCUAAACAAACACAAAUACUUCCCGAAACUUGGCGAAUUGUACAAAUAUGUUCGUACCCGAACACCAAAAGUGACCGGGGAAUUCCCGAUCUAAUGAUAACUCGAUGGCAAAAGAAUAAGAAAACUUUAAUGAUCAGAAUCAAAGGAAAUCCAGAUAAAUUUACAAGGAAUUUUAUGGACGAAUUUUAUGAAAUCAUUGAACUUUCCAAUGCCUCAAUACGGAAACAAGACAGUCAAACAUUCUGGACAGCGAGAUCGGCUCUUAAUCAACGACUUGAAAUGCUUUUGCAAAGUGUAGCCGAUACUUGGUUAGGUCCAUUCAAAGCGUUACUUAUGGGCUUCACCGAUGAUACCAAAUUGAAUGAAUUUCGUUCAGCGAUCAAGAAGAGUGUAAACAAUUUCUUUGAUUCCAGUUUUUGUCGUGAUGAAGAUCUAUUUAAUUGCAUAAUUGAAGCUUUUCCAACGCUAUCGAAGCAACAAUUUGAAACGGCAAUUUGUUUCCUCUUCAGCCAAUUUUCAUUCACUCUUCUAGAGGAAUGUUAUCAUAAUUGUUUGGAGAUAUUUGAAACAUUCUAUUCUGAUGAAGAAAAGAAAGUUUUACUUCAGAAUGUUGAUUUUCACCCUGUUGGGUUAAUUGUUAACAAACCAUUGGAAGGAUUUCCAUUUGAAUCAUUACCGAAUGCAGUUUCCGCUAAUCAACAGUUCUUCCGGAUUCCUUCACUUCGUUUCCUCAUUUCUCUGGUUGAAACUCACAUGAAGAGAGAUAAACUUUUCACCCAAGGUGUUAAUCAUCAAAAAGCCUAUUAUUUAUUGAAUCCAAGUGCUAACUUGAUGAAAACGGAGAAACGAUUUAGAGAAAAGUUUCUCAAUCAAGUCAAGUGGAAAGGAGUCAUUGGUGGAGCUCCUGAUUGUAAAGAUUUACAAAGUUCAUUGAAUUCUCGUGAUUUAUAUAUCUAUUUUGGUCAUGGUGCUGGUUCAAGAUAUUACAAAACUGUUCCUGAUGGAAUUGACUCUUUAAGUAUAAGAACCGCUUCUCUAAUUGUUGGCUGUUGUAGUGGUAAAUUGUUCCUUGAUGGUUCAAUGUUUGACUCUUUUGGGACACCUUAUCGUUUUAUGAUCAAUGGAUGUCCAACUUAUCUUGGUCUUCUUUGGGAUGUUACCGAUGGUGAUAUUGAUAGAUUUGCUGAUAGACUUUUAAGUUUAUGGUUACCUGAUUGGGAACAAACUGAAGCAAAGGAAUCGAAAGAUGAUCAACCAAUUAAAUACAAAGAAUUAUGUAAAUCACUAAUUUAUGCUCGAUUUGCAUGUCGAUUCAAACUUUUAACUGGAGCUGCACCAGUAAUUUAUGGACUUCCCAUAACAAUUAGUUCACAUUAAUCGCAAUUCCAUCACAUCGAUUUAGGCAAUUUAAUGUUUUCUCAAUUAAUUGAAACAAAAUUGUACAAAAAGAUAUUUUUUUCAAUCUCGUCAA